GUCACCUUGGGCGCGAGCGGGGCCGCGCGCGCACGGUACCCGGAGCCGAGGGCCACUGAGGGGCGAUGGCGGCGACGGCGAGUCCUGGGGCCGGCGGGAUGGACGGGAAGCCCCGUACCUCCCCUAAGUCCGUCAAGUUCCUGUUUGGGGGCCUGGCCGGGAUGGGAGCUACAGUUUUUGUGCAGCCUCUGGACCUUGUGAAGAACCGGAUGCAGCUGAGCGGGGAAGGGGCCAAGACUCGAGAGUACAAAACCAGCUUCCAUGCCCUCACCAGCAUCCUGAAGGCAGAAGGGCUAAGGGGCAUUUACACCGGGCUGUCAGCUGGCCUGCUGCGCCAGGCCACCUACACCACUACUCGCCUUGGCAUCUAUACCGUGCUGUUUGAGCGCCUGACUGGGGCCGAUGGUACACCCCCUGGCUUUCUGCUGAAAGCCCUGAUUGGCAUGACCGCAGGUGCAACUGGUGCCUUUGUGGGUACACCAGCUGAGGUGGCUCUUAUCCGUAUGACUGCCGAUGGCCGGCUUCCAGCUGACCAGCGCCGUGGCUACAAAAAUGUAUUUAACGCCCUGAUUCGAAUCACCCGGGAAGAGGGGGUCCCCACACUAUGGCGGGGCUGCAUCCCUACCAUGGCUCGGGCUGUUGUUGUCAACGCUGCCCAGCUUGCCUCCUACUCCCAAUCCAAGCAGUUCUUGCUGGAUUCAGGCUACUUUUCUGAUAACAUCCUGUGCCACUUCUGUGCCAGCAUGAUCAGCGGCCUUGUUACCACUGCCGCCUCCAUGCCUGUGGACAUUGCCAAGACCCGGAUUCAGAACAUGCGAAUGAUUAAUGGGAAGCCAGAAUACAAGAAUGGGCUGGAUGUGCUGGUGAAGGUCAUCCGCUAUGAGGGCUUCUUCAGCCUGUGGAAGGGCUUCACACCAUACUAUGCCCGCCUGGGCCCCCACACCGUCCUCACCUUCAUCUUCUUGGAGCAGAUGAACAAGGCCUACAAGCGUCUCUUCCUCAGUGGCUGAGGCAGCAGUGGGCCUGGAGCUGGUGUGCCAGGGCUCCCACUCUCCGCCACCUACAUUUACGGUGCCCCUGGGGCCUGGACUCUGCUGCCCUGGGCCCAUCUAUUUAUUUCCCUUCCACGGUGUGGUUUCCUCCUUUGCGGUAAAGGACUUUGGUCUCUUCUACCCCCCGUUCCAGCUUGCCCUUCUUGUCCUGAUCCUUAUGACUGCUCUGUCCCUGGCUGUUCCCUGGGGGGAGCUGGGAAACUCCCUGAGGAUUUAUGACCUCCUCUUGGGUGUUAGUUUCAGGGCACGCAGGACAGCAGAAGAUCCCCCUUCUCAGUGGGGAAACCAAGGUAGAGCUGAGGGGACAGGAGAGAGCAGAAGCUAUUAAGAUGGUCAGAAGGUUCGCAGUGGGAGGAUGUGGUCCUGCCUCCCUCUACCUCAGUGAGGACUUAAUCAGUAAAUUAGAUGGAUGACACCACUCCCAAAUCUGGAGAGUUGUGUGGGUUAGGAGGGGGAGGAGACUGGACAAAGAAGCUGGUACCCCUGGAGAACAGGAACUGGAAUUUUUAAGAAGAAUUAUUAAAGAAAUACCUGCUAGUUUUAUGCAAA